AUGAGGUGGAUGCUUAAUGCGGAAUCUUUUGGAUGGGGCACACCAGAGUACAAUGGUGCGACAAUUGCAGGCCAUGUGCCCGAACAGCUGGUGCUGUGGUCUUUACAUUACCUCUACUAUACAGUAUUUAUAAGGAUAGGGCUAACGUUUUAUGUAAAAUCACUUCUCCACACUACUAAGCACAGCCACACGCACAUCCGAAGCGGGGGUCGCAGCUGGGGGGACAACGUGUCAUCUCACCCCGCGCUCAACUCUCGGCCGCCCCUCUCCACCCCUCCUCACUCCCUCCCCAACCCUCCUGCGACCGUGAAAGCUGGUGCUUACCUCGCAAAUGAAUACCUCAUA